AUGACCUCUCGACUUCUCCAUCCCGACGAAUACGAGUUGGAUAUGCGAUCGCGGUCCUCAAUUGACUCUCAGGGCACCUUCAAUCUCGACGAAGCCGAUUUCGAGUCCCAAACAAUACCAAAGCACAGCAGUCUGAUCUACCGCCCACCGCUCCUAUCGCGCAUCUUAGGCUCAAACUACUACUCCGGAUACCGUCGCCUCAACACCCCCUCCAAACCUUUCCUUACCCCUUCGAAACGACCAAGCUGCUACCGACUUUGCGUGCCUCGCCGUAUUUCCUUCUUCCUUCAGACCUUUUUUGGCAUCUUACUCGCGCUCCUCGUUCUAGCGUCGACUUUCCGUCCUUCGUACACAUGGCGCCCUGCGCACUACACUGCUCUUAGCCAAACCGUUGCCAACUCGACUACUCACGGUCGAGGCAAUCCACGAAACGAAAAGAUCUUCAUUGCUGCGAGCUUGUAUGACCGUGGUGGAGACAUAGCCGGUGGACAAUGGGGGCAGAGAAUCCUUGCCCUGAUUGAUUUGCUCGGCGAGGAGAAUGUCUUUCUCAGCAUUUACGAGAAUGAUAGUGGAUCAGCAGGCGCAGGCGCUCUGCUAGACUUCAAGGCCCAGGUUUCCUGCAACAAGUCGAUUGUAAUCGAGGAUAAACUAGAUUGGGCCGACUUGCACGCAGUGACCGUCCCUGGUGGAUCGAAACGGGUCAAGCGCAUUGAAUACUUGGCAGAGGUCCGGAACCGAGCCCUACGACCAUUAGACACAGACCCGGAAAUGCGAUUUGAUAAACUAUUAUACCUAAACGACAUUAUUUUUGAUCCCGUUGAUGCGCUUCAGCUUUUGUUUUCUACGCAUGCCGACGAGAACGGAGUUGCCCAGUACCGGGCCGCCUGCGCCGUCGAUUUCAUUAACCCAUUCAAGUUUUACGACACUUAUGCCACGAGGGACCUCCAAGGCUACGGGGUGGGUCUCCCUUUCUUUCCCUGGUUCACCACUGCUGGCAAUGGAUCGAGCCGCAAAGAUGUCCUGGCGGGGACGGAUGCUGUUCGGGUCCGCAGUUGCUGGGGAGGAAUGGUUGCGUUCGACGCUCGGUACUUCCAGCAGCCAAAAGCGGGGCCUUCUCAGGACCACGUUGCCCGAUUUCGUGCGUCUCAUGAUCCGUUCUGGGAGGCUUCUGAAUGCUGCCUUAUACAUGCAGACAUUCAGGACAUUCCAGUCAACCCCGAAGAUAUUGAAGAUACUGGCAUCUAUAUGAACCCAUAUGUGCGAGUGGCAUAUGACCCUCGCUCAUUCUCAUGGCUAGAAUUCACGCGCCGAUUCGAGAGGCUAUAUACCCUCAUCCACAACAUCGGAAGCCAUUUGGCUUCGUUGCCUCACUACAAUCCCAGACGAACCGAGGUCCCUGGUCAGCGUGUUUUUGAGACCGCUUGGGUUCCAAGCGAAGACGACUACAGAGGGGGCUCGUACCAGGAUAUUCGACGAAUCGCCGCGAAUGAUGGCUUUUGUGGCCGCCGGGGACUUCAGGUGCUCGUGGAGGACCGUGUAGAAGGGCAGGCGGGCUGGGAGAGCAUACCGAUUCCGACUUGA